GGUAUACCUGUUUAGCAGGCACAUUUUCUCUUAAAUGCGUUUGCCUUCAAAAUAUGGCUGUCAAUCAAUUGAGAUUUAAAAAGAGAUUUAAGUGUCGAGCUAAAUAAAGGCAUCUUACGCAGACUAACGGAAUCAGUGAGAGGACAUAAUCUCCAACGAAACGGGAGAAAGUAUAUGUAGAGAGUAAACAUAAAAGACAUCCUUCAUCCAGAUGAACCUCUUAUUACAGCAUUAAUGGAUUUGCUUGAAGGUUUUGUAUACACAAUAUAUUCUACGCGCGUGCUGUUCCACAACGCCUGAGAGCUCCAACAUUUAUUCCCUGAGCGACAUUAGUGAAACCAAAAAGCACAAGUUGAUAAGAACGACAUUUUCAUCUAACGAUUUUGCAGCAUAUUUUUCAUCAACUUCGUAAAAGUGACACUUCCAACCGAGGAAUGGUUUUAUUUUCUUUUCUACUGCAAUGAAUAACUCAACAACACUUCAGCUAAAUUAUUCCAUUCCACCAGAAACUACUCUUGAACGAGACGUUACUCUAGGAUUCUUCCUGGUGACAUUCAUAAUCGGUUCCAUAGGCAACAUUUUAGUCAUCAUCAUUGUCGUCAAGAAGCGCACCAAAAGGACCGCCAAUGACAUCUUCAUCAUGAGCCUGGCUGUUUCUGACCUAACUUUAAUAUUAUUUCUACCUCUUCAGAUAAUUGAUUUAUUCGGGAAGCUCCCAUUUAACGUUUUUACCUGUAAUUUUGUUCGGCCGUUGAUGACGGUGACAUUUUUCGUGAGUAUCUUCACGCUGACAGCAAUGGCGGUUUAUCGUUGUAAGGUCAUACUGAAUCCUUUUCGACCCGAAAUGAAGGAACUGACAGCAGUAGUACUAGUUGUUCUACUAUGGAUAUCGUCAUUUAUCAUUGUUUUACCGUUCAUGAUCGUAAGUAAGCCUUUGGAAAAUUUCUGUCUGGAAGACUGGCCUACAAGAACGCAUCAACAAGCUUAUACCGUAGCUUUGGUUCUUCUGCAGUAUAUAUUACCACUCUUCGUUAUCGCUAUAGCAUAUAUAAGAAUAGGACUUGAUCUUUACCGAGCUCGUUUGCCUAGGAGAAUGUCAUUUAAACGCCGAAGCUCCGCCAAAGAGGUUGGAGCUGCCAAGAUUAAUUACAAAGCGAGAAAGCGAGAGAACCAGCAAGUUAUAAAGACUUUAGCAACUAUAGUUAUCAUGUUCGCAGUGUGUCUCCUUCCUGGUCAAGUUAUAUGGCUUGUGAUGGAUUUUGGGUCCGAAAAACAAAAGAAAUCCUUACAAAUAUGGAUGAGAAUCAGUGUUAUAUCCUCUGUUUUUAACAGUUGUUUAAAUCCGCUUGUUUAUGGAACUUUAACUAGACAAUUUCGUCGUGGCUACAUUAAAUACCUCUCUUAUUUAUUAUGCUGUUGCCAAUCCAACAGUACUGUAAAGAGGUUGCAACUUAUGCGGGAAGAUACCUCGAAGACGGACUCCAGAAAACGCCCCAGUUUUCACCUUAUUGAUAAAAGCCCUUUUACUACUUCUACGUCAAUAUCAAAGAAAAAAUCCAAUGGAUUUCGCUCCUAUUUGAAACUGGGAACAAAUGGGAGCACUGAAAAUGGAUGCAGCAGAGGUCCAAAUGUUAUUGGUGAAAAAGAUGAAACCAUUGUCUAAAAAGCACCUUUAUUCUCACAGAUGAAAUAUAAAUUGUUCCCUACAAAAUGUUUUAGAUUUAUAGAUAGAAAGAAAUUGCUUUUAGUAUUUUUAUUUUCAAAGCGCUUUUAUAAUCUUAUUUUGUUAAAAUCAGUGUUGACCAGCUUUUACUAUAGGCAAAUAAAGCCUUCACUGACAAACCUCGAAUAUAUGUAUUUCAAACAAACUAAUGGUGGCUUCAUACGUACGUGACUCUGAAAGUAAUACAAAUCAAACUUGCUCCUUCUUCGAGAGCUUAUCCACUUCAAAACUGAAUUGCCUUCAAUUGAUUUUAAAUUAAAUGAGCAAAAUUUAGGAAAACCCUAGACUCAAGAUUUAUGGGAAUAUCUUAUAGCGCAUGCGUAAAACAUGUCUCGACUGAAGCUUUUAAAAGCUAUGAUGUUAAUUAUUUGAACGACCUAAGGGUCAUCCGACCGAGGUAAGCUAUUUAAUAUUUAUUGUCCUAUGAUGAUGACGUCAUUCCAGACGUAGCUGAUCACGUGAUGCUAAGUUCAUUAAUUGGCUAGUUUGAAAUAUUUGAAUAAGAAAAAUAAAAGUCCAUUGAUACCUGAGUAUUUGGUACCUGAA